AUCCGAGAAAAGUAACAUCAUACAAAAUUUAUAUUGUAUAAAGGUGGUAUCUAAUAAUAAGAUUAUAUUAUAAGGAUGAAUAUUAAAGUCUUACACUACAAUGGCUUCACGUCAUAUCAAAAUAAGCUCUCAUGUUACAAGUCUACCAACAUCACUGUGAACAAAAUCUUCAAAAAGUCAAAAACACAGUUUCGCCCAAGUUCCACCACCACCACAACAAACCGUUCUUUCAAGGUUCGAUGCGAGAACUCGUCCCAGGGCCCACGCUUGGAUGAAUCUGGGGACGAAUUGCAUGGAAAAUCAUGGCGAUCACUGGAGGGUGUAGUCCACUGCUCAUCAAAUUACGUACCUUUAUCACCUAUUAGCUUCUUGGAGCGAGCAGCCAGUAUUUACAGCCACCGGACAUCGGUGGUUUAUGGGUGUAUUAAGUACACAUGGGAAGAAACACACCGUAGGUGCGUCAAGCUUGCAUCUGCCAUUAACCAUUUAGGGGUUUCUCGAGGCGACGUCGUAGCGGCUCUAGCACCAAAUGUCCCGGCUAUGUUAGAGCUUCAUUUCGCAGUUCCCAUGGCUGGAGGCAUCAUUUGCCCUCUCAACAAACGUCUGGAUGCAAAUAUGGUUUCAACCCUUCUCGAACACUCAGAAGCCAAGAUCCUCUUUGUCGACUACCAGUUAUUGCAUGUAGCUGAAGAAGCUGUCAAUAUUCUCGAGAAGAUGGAUUUAAAACCUCCUCUUAUUGUCGUAAUAUCUGAACAAGACUCCCUGUCUCCGUUGAAACCCACAGGAAAAUACGAAUACGAAUACGAGAGCCUUGUGGAGAGUGGAGUGACUGAAUUCUCUAUAAUCCGACCAAAUGACGAAUGUGAUCCUAUCAGUUUAAACUAUACAUCUGGGACAACAUCGAGGCCGAAAGGGAGUAGUUUGUAG